UUUGGCAGAACCCUAUUGACACAGAGCCAAACAACCAUUGUCACGUAAACCGUGACGUAAACUGUCUUUAGGACCAAUGUCGGAUAAAGCAGCUCGGAGCUACACUCAUGCGUCAAAUCGUGCAAAGGCACGGGCAACCGCAGAGCGAAAAGACGUUUAUAAAAGUGUCCUUGAAAAUCCAUUCCGAAUACAAUGGCCCUCAAUCCCAUCAAACGCGCAAAACUUAUUUCUCGCGACACUCGUAACCACUUUGGAAAGUGCGGCAAGGAGUGGAAGUCGAAAAUCUUUCAAGGCAUACGCUAGGAAAGCUCUACCCCGAUCAGAAAUUGCAGAUUCAGUGGAAGGGACAAACCCGAGCUCAGACUCGAUAGUAUGUUCAAAACCCUCUGCAUGUGCCGUGGGUUCCACUCCUUCGCCAUCUCCGGCUGUUAGUAAACUUGCCCCGUCGGGCCACAUGGCUAUCGGUAUCAACGAAGUGACAAGGAGACUUGAAUCGCAGUUGAAGUCUUUCCGACAUUCGGUUACACUCACUACCACCUCUCAUGCCAAUCCAGUAGUCCCCGACAUUUCUCCCAUUUCUGUGGUCUUUGUGUGCCGUGCCGACGUCAAUCCUCCGAUCUUAUUGGAUCACAUCCCUCACCUUGUGGCAGGAUGCAACUCUACGCGCCCCGGAUCUAACCCUCUAGAAGCUCGACAGCCCCUGAAAUUGAUCGUCCUACCGAAGGGCUCAGAGUCUGCACUCGCGCAGGCGCUUGGUCUAAGAAGAGCGGCCGUAAUAGCCGUUCAUGAUGAUGCCCCGUAUUUACCGAUUUUUCGCGAUAUGCUUCAAUCUGUACCUGUGAUCAGCGCACCUUGGCUUGUGCCUCCAGUCCAGCCCAAUUCUCCGAAAUGCUUGGUUCCCACUCAUAUCAAACAACUCCGCACUACUGCACCCAAAGAUAUGAAAGCUGCAAAAGAACAAAGGGCAAAAGCAAGAGUUGCAGCCAAGAAGAAUGGUGUAAAACCUAGGCCCAAGAAGUGUCUCCUUACGACAGCAAAACCAGAUGCAUAAACCCGCGAUACACAACAUCACGCCCCAUGUAUUGGUGAGUAUUCGUCUGCAAGUACCGAUUAAUUGCUCUUCUUAUUGUGACAUAGUUGUUGGUUAUGUCCACCGUUCUCUUACUGGAGCCUUGUAUUAAUUUUAGGUAGCAGUUGUGUUGCCUUCACUGCCCAGACAAUACGAAGGAUUGAAUGUGUCAUUUGACAGUACAUGGGUCUAUGCGUUCUAUUCAGUCCUCGU